AUGGAGGACCAUCAAAGAUUAGCAAAUAUUAUUAGGUUGGCACGCCGAGUACCAUUAGCAGAGGCGGCUGCGGAAGAUAUUGGUAAUAUUGCAUCAAUAUUGAAAAUGGCGGUUCCGGAUCGAGUUCUUAUGGCUAGGAGUUCCACAACUUCUUCUCCUAUAUCUUCAAGUACUUGUGCCUCAGAUGAUACUUCCGCUGCUUGUGAGAAGCCAGUCAGCGAAUCGUCAUACACUAUACCCGUUAUUCUAGGUGUUGUUAUUCCUGUCGUUGGCGCCAUCAUUCUCUUUACCAUUCUACAACGACGAUAUGUCAAGAAGGCUAGGGAAGAGGACGCGAAUGAUCCGACCAAAAAUAUGGACUUUGGUAUGGGUAGGAUUUCGAGAACUGCUGGUGGAGAAUCAGCCAACACAAACUUCGAUGAUGAAAAGGGAGGAGCUGCGAGAACACGUCAAAUGUCUUUAGAUUUGGGAGUCAAAAGUCCAUACUUACUUGCACCGGAAAUACAUAAUUCUAGGGAAAGCCUCCAUUCACUUUCAAGGACCAUCCAUCAAAACGAAGAUCCUUAUCGACCAGUACAUCAAACCAACGGUGGUCCUGCUUCAAUGCGCUCCAAACAAGGCCAGCAUGGAUCCUCCAUUAUGACUGCAUCAAGCGCUGCUCCUUCAGCGAAGCACGAUGUUGGUUCACCAGACGGACAAGGUCUUCUAUCGAAUGCCGCUUCUAUGUCACGAACAACUCCACCUUCUAAUGGCUUCACUCCACCACCGAGAUCAAACUCUAUUCCAACUGCAAACAUGCCAGCGGAACCUAGACAAGCUACUUCUCCACCGCAAGAUGUUGCCAGGAAAGGUCUAUCAGGUAACCCACGUCCCCACAAUGGUUUUUCUUCUACUAGCCCCAUUCCUAUACUCUAUCUGGAUCGGGAAUCCUCUGCUGGAAACCAAUAUGCCGCGAUCAGACGUAGUAACAAUUACCUAGGCUCUACAAUCAUAUCGGAUCCAUCCGCUGCUACUGCAACUGGCCCUACCGAACCAAAGCCAACUACAACUCGCAAGGCACCUCCUCCAGCGAUCAACACUCUACCAUUGAAUCCAAAAUCUGUCCAACAAGAGCAAUCCAAGCCUCGCAACUCUGAGAUUAGUAACUAUGGUGACGGGAUUGAGGUCACACCACCAUCUCCUGCCCGUGAAAACAACAAAAAUAAUUCAAACCGUUACUCUAUGGAUGUCCCACCUGAAGAAUUUGCUCACGCUGGUUUGGGAGCUCCUGGGUUUGAUCCUAAAAGACUUUCCAUGGGUUUCCGACCAUUGCCUCCUGAUGCUCCAAAGGAUACUUCAGAAGAUUCUGAAACUCGUGCUAACAGAAUUCGUUCAUUUUACAAGGAAUAUUUUGAUGACUCGAAACCAGCACCACAGGGUCAAUAUAUUGAGGAUUAUGAUGCGAACUAUCCUGUUCCAGGCGAUGCUACCUACUUUGACCCCGCUUCCAAUAGUUUCGUCCUACCAUACGCAGAACCUAUUACUCGUCGUGCUAUGACACCACCUCCACGUGCACCCAGGUUUCAAGGAGCACCACCACGUUCCAUGCAUGGUUCAAUGGGUGGUUCUUCAAUGCGCGGGCCUCCGAAAAUGCCAUUCAACGAAGGACCAAGAGCAAGUUCAUCUGCGUCCCAACGUGGUCCUAUGCCAUCUCCAAGAAAGAAUUUACCUCCUCCUGAGCCGCUUAGCUCGCUACCUACACCUUCCAAGAUGACGGAUGACUCAUUUGCUUUCUUGAAUACUCUCGAUUUCGCGCCAGAAUUGACCGUUCGUGAUCGUGUUGCUGGUCGAUCCGAGAGUCCUUUUGGUGAGAGACGACCAUACUCUCCAGGACUUCCAGCAUUUGCACCAAUUGUCGGAGCAUAUGAUGAACUUGCUGCAAUGCCAAGCCCUCACAUGUUGAGAAAGUCUGGUACAUUCACAUCCCUUGAUUUCGCUGCUCCAAAGAGAUUCAAGGAUCCAGAUGUAAUGAAUGAUGCUGGUAGUAUCCGAAGUAACAAAAGUGGAAUAUCAUCGGUUCAGCAAAAUGCUAUCCGUAAUGGAGCAUAUCGUAUCAGCAAGCUUCCUACAGAUAUCGUCGGCACAAAAGAUGAUCUGGCUACAACAUUGAAACCGGAAUGGGGUCAUCGUUAG